AUGUUUCGCGCUUUGUGCCUUCUAGCUGUGCUUGCAACCGGCAGCGCCUGCAAGCCCUGCACAUGUGGGAUGGUUCGUUCGGGAAGGGUGGUGGGUGGAGGAGUAGUCAUUCCUGGAGAGUUCCCCUGGCUGGCAGCGGUGAAGAGAGACGGGAAACUAGUCUGCGGAGCCACCGUCAUCGCUCGGGACCACCUCAUCACAGCUACACAUUGUGUCUACGAAGUUGAAGCUUCUCGCCUGACAGUAUUGGUGGGUGAACACGACGUAAACAAGUCGAGAUCGGAAGGCAUCAAGGUGUCACACGUCUUUCAGCAUCCGGACUUCAACCGUUAUACAUACGACAAUGAUAUUGCAGUUCUGAAACUAUCAGAACCUAUAGCAGAUAAUCUUUACCGACCUGCAUGCUUGCCUGAUGAUGAAGAUACUCUUGAAGGAGUAGACGCAAUUGUGUCUGGAUGGGGUAGCACUUUUGAAAAAGGACCUCCAUCUGAUGUCCCCAUGAAAGCACAGGUACAAAUUUGGUCACAAGAAGAAUGCAAAGGAGCAGGGUAUGGUCGAAGGAAAGUUACGCCGCGCAUGUUGUGCGCGAACGCACCUGAGAGAGACUCAUGCACCGGAGACUCGGGCGGACCCUUGCUAUUACCACAGCCUCACUAUACCGUUGUUGGUAUCGUAUCCUGGGGCAGAGGUUGUGCAAGACAAGGUUAUCCGGGGGUUUACGCCAGAGUGGAUAGUUUCAUGCCCUGGCUGCGAGUAGCUUUACGACACGCUUGUACUUGUCUCCCACCCUCUCAUUGA